GUACCGGGGACGACCACCCUUUCUACGAUUCGCGAACAGCUGGAGGGGGCGGAGCGACGCCGUCCCGCGGCUCCGCCUCCUGUCGAUCGCGGGACCGUGAUAGAGACCGCCCCCCUUACACAACAAACGGCCCCACCUACCAGGACAGCAGGCAAUCGGCGCGUCACGGCCGAAGCAGCGGCCAACCUGCGGGCGGAGGUGGUACCGGAAAUGGUGGGGGCGGAGGCGGUACCGGGGGUGGGAGCGGGGCCGGUGGGGGCGGCGGAGGAGGAAUCGCCAGUCAGGGAGGCGGAGCAGGCACUGCUACAACUGCCACGGUGCCCUCAGCUACCCAGGCGACGACGACGGCAGGAGGCCAGCCGUGGGCUUAUGACGGAACCAAUAGGUAUAAUAGUAGUAGUACGAGUCAGUCAGAUACAGGGUAUAGUACGACGCCGUCAGAUAAUAGUGACAGGCGUAGUUCAGAUCAAAGUUCAAAAAAGACCAAGACCAAGUCCAGGUCCGGAUCGAGGUCACCGUCACCCACACCUAGCACCAGCAGUCGAUCUCCAUCUAGGUCGCGCAGUCGCAGCACAAGCAGCAGCGCGUCGUCCUCCUCGUCGGCGUCGACGGCGGCCGGCAGCGCCAGUACAGCCGUCGUGUCGUCCUCCGCCGCCCCCACGUUAGGCUCCGCCCAUUCGCACCCUCACCACUAUCACCACCACCAUGCGACAGCUACGCCUACAUCCACCGAAGGGGGCGGCGCUACGACCACGGGAGAUCGACGCCCAUUGGCCAUCUGCGUCAGAAACCUGCCUGCGCGAUCAUCGGACACCUCUCUCAAGGACGGUCUCUACCACGAGUACAAGAAACACGGCAAGGUCACUUGGGUCAAAGUUGUCGGACAGGAUGCUGACCGGUACGCCGUCGUUUGUUUCAAGAAGGCUGAAGAUGUUGAUAAGGCGCUUGAGGUGAGCUACGACAAGCUGUUUUUCGGCUGCAAGAUCGAGGUGGCGCCCUAUACAGGGUGUUACGACGUGGACGAUAACGACGCCCGCUCCUAUGAAGCGGACGUCGAUGAGUACCACCCGAAAGCGACCAGGACGUUGUUCAUAGGCAAUUUGGAGAAGGACGUCACUGCGUCGGAACUCAGGAAACACUUCGAUCAGUUUGGAGAGAUCAUCGAAAUUGACAUCAAAAAGCAGGGUGCAGCGGGGUCGUACGCAUUUUGUCAGUACGCCGACAUCGCAAGCGUCGUACGCGCGAUAAGGAAGAUGGAUGGAGAACACCUGGGAAACAACAGAGUUAAGCUGGGCUUCGGCAAGUCGAUGCCCUACAGCUGCGUUUGGGUCGACGGAGUAGGGGAAGGAGUCACUGAAAAGUACCUGAGGAUACAGUUCGAGCCUUACGGCGCCAUUAGCAAGAUCCACGUAGAUAGGGAUCGGGGACAGGCCCUGGUGUUCUACGAGCAAGUUCUGAGCGCCCAAGCGGCCGUAAACAAAAUGCGGGGGCAUCUCCUUAAAAACGGAGGCAGAGUGCAGGUGGACUUCGCCAGCAGAGAGUGCCAGGAAGCCUUUUUUGAACGGCUGGAGAAGCAAGGAGGAGGAGUGGUGAUAGUAGAUGGAAGAACGAGCGUUAGUGUCGGGAGUGUUUUCGAUGAAGGCGUUGUCGUUACUGGAGGGAGGACUAGUAGAAGUUUUGAAGCUACUGUCGCUGUGACUAGAUAUUCUAGGUAUGAAUCUUCAUCAUCCCGGCCGCGAACGUCAUCCUACGGUGGCACUAGAUCCGCCCCUGCAUCGUCAUCUGCAGGCCACCAAUCACCGUCAGCCGUUUCGGUAGUGGGCGUGGUCGGUUCGGCCACGCCCCGAACUUCCGAAAGGCCGUCCAGGGGCGGAACUGGACGAAGGUGUUUUGACUACUAUUCUGCUGCGGCUGUGGCUGAUGAUUAUGCUCCUCUAGAUAGACAUCUCUUUCGGAGUUAUGAUGAAUAUAGUCAAGCAUCAUCAGCGUCACAUGAUGAUCUCUAUGAUCAUGAAUAUGGGUUUGUGCAUGAUAGUCCAACGCAUCUAGAUGGUGUAAUGACCUUUGCCCCUCCAGAGAUUAGAAACCUGCAGAAAGAGCGGGUACAUCUGCUAGAACAACUAGAGGAAUGCCCUAGUAGUGGAGAUGAGCUAAUUAGCCCUAAGAAAAGACUCAAGUUAGAUUUGUUGGAAUCAGCGAUGACCAGUGAUGUUAUCAUUGAGGCUAACAGAGACCAUAGGAAAGUGACGGAAGUCCGACGAUUAUCCGACACACCAUCUGCUCUGUCUAAGCUCUCCUCUCACCAUUCGCGGCGUCCUUCUGCAGAUUCCUCUUCCUCCUCAUCGAAACACAGUAGACAUGACGGCGACAGAUAUGUGACGUGUAAAAGGAGGAAAACCCAAACGCCAUCUGCAGGCAGCAGUAAUCACCAUCAUCAUUCGUACGUGUCUUCUACGACGUCCACCACCGUGGUUGAUCAUCAUAAUGCGGCGACGAGUGGAUCUGAAGCGGGUGGUUCCAGGCCUGGAACUCCUUUAUGCGAUGAACGCCCGGAGAACUGUUCAUCGACGAUGCAAGUUGAGCCACCAAGAAGGACGACGCGGGAACGAGAGGGGCCCAUCUCUUUACCUCUACCUAAGUUUGCUGCGCAAGUUAUAAGUAGGGGAGCGUGGAUAAGUAGCAUAGCAGCGGCGACCAAACAGCAACAACAGACCGUCACCUGCAUCUCGACCAAUCCCCAACCGCACCACCAACAUCCGCAUUCUACAACAGUGCCCGCCCCUUUGUCAUCCCCACCCGGCCGCAGCAGCAGCAACCCCGCCCCUCGGCCUCCAAGCCCCGCCCACAUGCACGUGGUACCGCCACCGGCGAGUCCGCCUCCCCGAAGGCCUUCAUCGGGUACGUCCAGCGAUAGCGACGGUGCCGCAUCUCCUCCAUCACCCUCUUUAGAGGAGCGAAUCAGGAGUCUGGACGAGAAGUACGAAAGGUGGAGUGGGAGCAGAGUGGCAACGGGCAACAACGGGUCCGCUACUGGUGGCAUAGAGGCAUGCUUGGAAAGGUUCAGGCAGAGGCAUAAGCUGCUCGAUCUUGAUCUCAAGGAAAUUCAACCAUCUGAAAUAGUAAAAUCCGUCCUCGCGAAGCGGUCAGUGUUCGACGAGGACCUGAAGCGGUUGGAGAACGUGAACGAAAAGUACGAACCGCGCGAUUUUGGCCUGUUCAGCAGCCGGCUAACUGGGGGUGGAAGUGCAGGCACAAUCAUCUCCACAAGUACGAUAUCGAGCACCACCGACUCCACUCCAACACCAUCGGUGGCACUGAAGUUGUCCACGCUGGUGGGCGCUUUACCUGCUGGGCAACCCACGACGGUGACGGUGGCCACCGCGGCCACAGUCUUGGCUACAGGUCAGCAGACACCACCUCAUGGGGUUAUGUCACCCAGAGCCACACCUGGUUCCAAUUUACCGGCGCCAGCGGCGAAGGGUCUCCAAUAUCCUUUUCCCACUCAUCCUCCAUUGUUGAUAGCCCCAGCACCGCCCCCGAUGCCGCCGCAGCCUAUUUCUACCACGCCCAUUUCUACGGCUACGCCCACUAUAGCUACUAUCCCGUCGAGUGUAGUUACCACGCCGACGACGUUGAGCAUCGCUCCAACUACCGUUGCAGGGGACUCUAGACUGAAACCAUGCUCCGCAACUGCGACACCGAAACCCGCCCCUGUAAAUAGAAGCGCCUCCACGGAGAAACCUUCUGCGAACAUUCCCCCAACGAGCGCGGAAGUAAACCGCGCCGUACGCGAGACCAAGUCCAGCGACAAGGUGACGAGUAGGCGUGACUCGGGCAGCAGCAGUUCCCCUAGAGGGGCGGCUGAAAUCACCAGGAGAAGGAACAGCGACUCCAACAGAAGGGCAGAGCCGACGGAGAGCAGCAGCGAAAGGGAAAGGGCGCAAAGCGAGGAAAGGAAGAAGGAGCGCUUAGAGAAGAUUCGAAUAGAGAAUGAGAAGUUAGAGAAGGAACGUCUGGACAGGGAGAGCGCAGAAAAGGAGAAGCAGGAGAAGGAAAGGGCCGAGAAGGAAAGGCUGGAGAAAGAGAGGUUGGAAAGGGAAAACGAGUUAGAAAAACAAAGGCUGGAGAAGGAGAGGCUGGAAAAAGAACGCCUGGACAAAGAGCGAAUAGAACAAGAACGACUAGAAAAAGAAAGGAUAGAAAAGCAACGACAAGAAACUGAAAGGUUAGAAAAAGAGCAAAUAGAGAAGGAACGACUAGAAAAAGAAAGAAUAGAAAGGGAACGAACAGAAAAGGAGAGGAAAGAAAGGAAAGAUAGUGAAGAGAAAGAACGAAGGGAACGUGAAGAACAAGCUCGACAAGACAAGGAAGAACGGGAACGGAGAGAAAAAGAAGAGUUGGAAAGACGAGAGAAAGAAGAUAGAGAGAGGAGGGAAAGGCAAGAGGAGGAGGCGAAAGCAACGGCGAAAGAGCGUCACGAAAAGGAGCGGAGACAUAAAGAAGACAAUCAAGAUAACAAAAAGAAGGACGACCAUAGCAAACAUAGCGAUAGUAGUAGCAGACAUAAGGAGAAUAGUCUAGAUAAACAUACCAAAGAUAGCACUACUUUACACUCACAUAGUGGAGACAAAGUCAAACACCACUUCGAAAAAGAACGCUCGAAAGAGAGCAUCAAAGAAAACAGAGAUAACAACGUCCAUGAAAAACAGAGAAGCGAAGUCAACAAUCGCGGCGUUAUAGAGAGUAGGCAUAUGUCGAUAGAAUUAGAUAAAAAUAGACUGCAUUACGAGAUUAAGGAUAAUAGCAAACGGAAGGAGAGAAAUAAUAGUCUACCCGCUAGUUUAGGCUCUAAGAGACGACUUAGCGCGCAUGAAAGCUUAGAGAAUAUAGAAGAAUGUAAAAAGCUUAAAUUAAGCCACGAACAUAAAAAGGUAAGUGAAAGGAGGGAUUCCAAAGACAGUACCCGUUCAGAGGACAAGUCGAAAAGUAAACAUAAAAACAAUGUAAACAAAUCUCAUGAGAAAUCUAAAGAUGAGGAAAAGAGAAAAGAAAAAGACAAGGAACGCGAAGAGAGACAUAAAAAACACAAACAGGAUAAACAAAAGUCGAAGAGUAAAAGUCGAGAAAAAGAUACGACUGUCACAAUUUCUUCUACAAGAGAAUCACCAAAUACGACAACUAGUCCAAUUACCGAUAAAGAUUUUAUGGCCCACUUAGAUUUAAGGUCCAAUGAGGAUAUAGAGAAACUUAAACGAGAGGUUAAAGAAAAACAACAUACAGAAGAAAAGGAAAUCAAAGAUGACAAAUUGAAAAAAUCAUGCGAGAAACACAAUCCAGACAAACCUAAAAGCCGGAGUCCAGAAGAGCCAACACCUGAAGAGAGAAAGAAGAAAGAGCGGUUAAAGAGCGGAAGUGAAUCAGACGAACCCAGGAAACACUCCAUUUUCGAUAUUGUGGUUGAUGAACCAGCAUACAUUUCAAUGUAUGACAAAGUGAAAGCUCGAAGUUGCAAGAACAUGGCGAAGCAAGAGGAAGAGAAGCGACAAGAGAAGAUCAAAGCCAAGUUCAGUCAGCUGAAGCAAAGCAGAGCAAAACGAGAAGAAAAGAAACGAUCCACUUCAUGGGACGAAGAUUCCGACUCCGAAAAAGAUCAUACAGAAGUCAAAAUGAAGCGUUGUCCGAAAAUGCUGAUUGACAGCUCCGAUGAUGAGAGCCAAGAUAGAAGACAUACCAAAAAGAGAGAAAUCUAUACGGAUUCAGAUUCAUCAGUGGCGAUGAGACAUAUUAAACAGGAACCAAUUGACACUAGUGAUGAUGAAAUCAAAGAGAAAAAUAAACAUUUGGCUUUGAAAAAUAUAAAAUCCAGAAUAUCGGGCGAUACCUCAGAAGACGAUUGCAACAGAAAGAAGGUUCAGAUCAAAACCGAAUUGUUGUCUGACACUGAAAAUACGACAACCGAAGUGGCUGACGAAAAAGCACAACUUGUGAAAAUUAAGGAUGAGAUGGAGAGAUUGAUCAAGAAAGAAAGGCGUAAUAGCAAGCAUCAAGAGGCUGUGAAAAUCAAUGAAACCAAUGCUACGACUGUUGUCAGUUUCGCGGAUAAGAACCUACCAGAAGAGAAGCCUGAGCAGUUCAGUUACAGGCAUAGUUUUGUCGACAAUACCUCCGAUGAAGAAAUGCACGAAGCAGUGAAGAAAGAAAAGGCUGAACGAAGGGAAAAGAAACAUAAAAAGAGACAAAAGAAACAGAAACACCUAUUGAGUGAAGACGAAACGAAAAUAGACGUGGCAGAAGGUAACCAGACAGAUGAAAAAACCAAACUCCACGAACGCAAGAAGGAGCAUAGCAAAAAAGAAAAACGACGAGAUAAAACACGGGAAGGCAAAGAGAAAUCUAAGAAAAGCAAAAAGAACAAGGAUCAAAAGUCUGAUGGAAAACGUGAAGCUAAGAUGGAAAAUAUAUUUGGGUCCCUCUCUGAAGAUUCAGAAAAUGGUACGAAAGAGCCUGAACAAGAAGAACAAAAACAACUCGAAAACUUUAUGGAUGAGGAAACAGCUCCAAGACCGACUAUAUGCAUCAGCGAAGCCGAGAAAGAACGAGAACCAAAGACACAAGAAAAAGAGGAACGUGAACGAGAAAGGGAAGAGCAUAAAAGACGUAAAGAAAAGAAACGUCGUGAGAAAGAAAGAAGGUUAAAAGAAGCCCAGGCAGCUGCCGAAGCCAUCAGCAAUGAAAAUAGCAUGGACUUUGCCGAUAUGGGAAAACAACUGGAAGCCAAUAUGAUGCAGGAUGAAAGUCUGGAUUCUGCGGAGAACAAAACACCUGAGGGAAUACCUGAUAUUUCUAGAGACAAUUCGUUCAACUUCACUGGUUUAAAUGAUGUAUCAGAACACAGAGACAAAGAAGAGCGUAAAGAAGGCAAAGAAAAGAAGAAAAAGCGGAAAAAGAGUAAAGAUGAGAGAGGAAAACACCAUCAUCAUCACCACCACGACAAAAACAAGACGAAACCUCCAGAGGUAAAGAAAGAAGCUUCCUCUCCCACAACAGAGGUACCUCUUGUUGAGGUGGUACCUGCAGAACCAAAAAAUACCCCUCAACAUCCUAGUUUGCCUACUCUAGAUGAACCAUCUCCUGUUGAAAAUGAAAGCCCCGCUUCUGAUUUUCUAUGCGUAUCGCCAAUUCCCAGAGAGCCACCUCUUAUAAGUCCAAUACCAAGCACCCCUACUACUUCGAAAGAAAAGAAACGUGACAAACUUAUACCUGGCUUUGGUACAGAUAUCGAUGAAAAACUACACGAGUCAGCUGUCAAAUCAAUUUCAAAAGAAUUCGAACCAGUAGUAAAGAAAGAAGAGAUAAAAGAAGAAGAACCUCAAGUAGAAUCGCAGAAAAUAGCUGAAGAAAAACCACGUGUGAUAAUAUCUCAAGAAGAAACUGAAGAUGCGGUAGCUGCACUUUUAGGCGAAAGUUUUGGAGAUGAACAAUACAACGAAGAAAUCCCUACACCUACUGACCAACCCAUCCCGCUAGUUGAAGAAAGCAUUGUUCAGGAUGAUGAAGAGAUGAGACAAGCAGUGCAAAGUCUAAGCGCCACUGAUGGAGACCUAGAUGUCAAGCCCGAUACUCCUCAAAGUGAACAUGAGUUGCAGAUCGACACUGACACUGAAGAACAAGAUGAGGUAGCCAAAUAUGAACCCAAGACACCUGAGAUAUCUCAACCGACUACACUUGAGUUCUAUCCGGCAAGGACUGAGCCAGAGAAAGUUCCGACCAUCCAAAACCCGAUUGUUAUUAAGACUACGGCAAGUAUAGUAGCUGCUCCAAGUAGUCCACCAUCUCUAACUCCUAUAAAGUCUGCUGUGGAAGCAAAGAAGAUCAUUGAGCUGGAAGCUCGGAAAUCGAUAGGGCUAGAAGCUCGGAAAUCGAUAGAGCUAGAAGCCAGAAAGUCGAUAGAAUUGGAGUCAAAAAGCUUGCCGGUGUUACCGGAGCAUAAACAAGUACCUGUGGUAACCCAGUCUUGGUCCAUGGAGAAGAAAAUUGAGAUGAAUGAUCCUACGUUGCUCAAAAUCGAAAACCGGCCAUCAAUCGAACCUACAAAGGCUCCUCCGUUAAGGCAGUACCCAGGUCCCACGCUGUUGAAGCUAUCAGAACCUACGGUUUAUAAGACCAUAACGAAACCUGAACUGCCGACGCUAACACCUGUUGUGGACCCGCCGAAAAUCAUACAAACAAAUGUCUCAAAAUCACCAACAUCAUCUCAGAUGCACAAUUUACCUGCGAGGUCACCUGUACAGUCCUCAAAACCGUCGAUGUCUUUGCAUGAUCCAAACGUUCCAUCCAAGAUCACGACAGGUUUAGUACAUAACAGGUUGCCUAUAACUCCAGUUAUGGCGUCAAAACCGAUGCAAGCAACUACUGUCAUUUUACAGCAAUCAAAGCUACCCCAUACCCUAGAUCCACCCAAGUUGGUUCCCACUUCUGAAAGGCCAAGAAUGGUGUUCCAAGCAUCAGCACAGCAAUUCGCAAACUUUGCUCCUGGUCAACCUAGGAUGAUGAUACAAGGAAACAUUAGGCAUCUACCGCCCCAAGGGCUAUUGGUCCCGACUAGACAGAUUAAUCCACAAACCUUCAGUUAUUUGAGUCAGCCGAACUUCAACAUGCCACCAGUUAUCAAAGAUGGAUCUUCAGCAGUAACACCUCAAGACAAACCUCAGAUGGAGAUGAAAGUACCACCAUUGAGCAUCGUAACCACUCAACCGUCUACUCAUGUUCCUCUUCAUUUGCCGCCGAUGGUUCCCAAAGAGCAUACCUCGAAACCUCCAACUCCGACAUUAUCCAGUCCAAGGUUGACAACGAGCACACCAAGUCCCAAGUCGUAUAAAGCAGCCUCACCUUCUCCAAGACCUGUCAACGUGCCGAAUUCGCCGAUUAUGCCAGCAGUCAGUCCCAAACCAGCUUCGCUAACUCCGUGCCAGAGUCCGAAGAUAUCUGCUACGGCCGUACCUACGCCUGUUUCGACCGCCGAGUCAUCUCAGUCAGACAAAAGUGAACUGAUCUCGUCCACGGCUGAGAUCGCAUCUUCUAACCUCGAAAUCGUCAAUUCCAAACCAGAGAUCAUACAAUCUAAGGUCGAAUUGCCUCCUUCAUCACCACUUAAGCCUGAGUCUGCACCUGUGGAGCCUGUUACAACACCUGAGCAGCCGAAAAUCGUCGAAGUUCAGAUACCUGAGACUGUGACUAAGGCUCCCACUUCGGUACCGAGUAGUGUGAUCAUGUCUCCAAAGGCACCGAAGGACGAAGAACCUAAGGCGGAGGCUCCUAAAGAAGAGGUAACAGAGUUGCCGAAGAAAUUGGCUAUUGAAAAGGUAACUGAUGAGCUGAACGUGAGCCUCAGAGCGGAAAUUCCAGAGGUCAAAGAAGAACCGAUGGAAGUAAAACCAGAAGAAAAGCCCAAGAUAGAGCUCAAAGUGGAGCCAAACAUUGAGCCCAAGAUUGAACCUAAGGAAGAACAACCAGCUAUGGUUCCCGCUAAAGAAGAACCCAUCAAAGAUUGUCACUCUGACAAGGAAAACGCUCCAAUAGAAAAAAUGGACGAGGAAAAGACGGAAACCGAAAGCAUAGUAUCCGACGUAAGCAAAGAGCGUUUGAGCGCCGAUAUCCUGACCAAAGAUGAUCCAUUGGAUACCAAAGAGGAUAGCGAUUAUUGGUCGGCGAAAGAAGUAAACAUCGACUCUGUGAUAAAGACGCUGUGCUCGGCAGAUGAGUUAUCAGAUCAUAGCGAGGGCGAGACUGCCAAAGAUGAAUGGCUUAAUAAUAGCAAAGUAGAAGAACCUACGAAGCCUGAAAUCACUGAUAAAAAAGAGUCCGAGGUUACACCCGAGAAAAAGGAGGUUACGUUGGAGACGAAAGAUGACGAAGCUCAUAAUAUUGAUGAGAGUGCCGAACCUGAAGAUAGUACACAGAAAGAGACGAAUGAGGUUACCACUCCACGUAGCAGUAAUCCAAGAGGUCGUGGCGGCAGAGGUAGACGCGGUGGCAAAACGCCCACAACCCGCGCAGCUACAGUCGAACGAGGAGGCAUUCAAACUAGACGAGGAAAACUGAAAGAACAGGUUGUCGCUACCACUCCUGUGAAAAGAGGCAGGGGAGGUCGACCGAGGGGCGGCGACAGAAAAACGAGCAAGACCGAAUCGGAGAAUGCAUCGACGGAUGUCUACGAGUUUAGGGAUGAGUCUGAUGAAGCGAAUAAAGAACAGAGACCACGCUUGAUUUUGACUAUCAAAAGUCCUGCUGUUUCCAGCUCUUCUGGCUCACAGACUACGGCGAUUGUUAAGGAGGUUACGAAGGACGGUGCAAAAGAGAUCGUGAAGGAAGUUCCUUCUACAACACCACCAAAAGAACAGGUCACACCUAUAAAGACCGAGUCCAAGGAAGACUUCACUCCUCCCACACCCACUAACACCAGGAAGUCGCGACGUCUACAAGAGAAGGACACAUCGAGGAACGCGAUCGAUGAUACUAUCGAUGACGUGGUAAAGAACACCACUGUUCAGACAAGAUCAACGUCGCACCAGAGGAGAGCUACGCGACAACAGGGCGCUGCUUCCAAGCAAGUAACUGUCGCCCCUCUGCCAGAAACACCUAGAAAGUCGCCCAGAGGCAGAAAGGCCAGAAGGGGAUCUGAGGCUACAGAAACUUCGUCUUCGGAAGAAACUACCAAGGAAGAGGUGAAACGUACAAUUCCAACUCCACCUCCACCAUCGCCUGCACCAACUGCAAAGGAUUCGGAACCCACAAAGGAAUCACCAGCUACAACAGAGAGUGAGAUUCCAAAACCACCCGAGAUGCCACCGAAAGAAAAACCUCUGGAGAGCCUGAAGGCGGCCAUGUUGCGGCGUAUCAAAGGCGAAAUGGCAGCUAAAAAUCAACAACUCCAACAGCAUGAACCUACCAAUCUCAUCGAUCCAGUUACUGGAGAGCUCAUUCCGAUGCGGGAGUGCGAGGAGGGCAAGUACAUUCCCUUACCAGGAUCUGUGCCGCCUCAAGAGGAGAAGAAGCCCCUGGUUGAACCUCCAAAGCCUCCUAGCUCGCCAAUUUCUGCGGUACCAGAUGUUAUCACUACCAGUUCAACACUAACUGCAAUCACGUCUCCAGUUGUCACCACGUCCAUGGCGCCUGCCAUCACCUCGACCAUCGUAACAACCACCUAUGAAGCGCUAAAACCAUCGACUAGUGUGAUAUCUCAACCUCAGCAGAUCGCUAUAGUGCAGCAGGUGAAGCCACCAACAUUGAAAGCACAUGUACUGAGCUCACAAGCAUGUCAAGCGGCUGUGAUACAACCACAAGUUUCAGUGCAGGUCAAGGUGGCACCAAUUCCAGUAUCAGUUCCGAUCGUGUCAUCAGUACCUCAACCACCAGUGGUAACAGUAGCAGCAAAACACGUACCUAUGACAACUCCAUCAAAACCUGUGAUAACAACAGUAGUUUCAAGACCCAUCCCCUCACCUGUGGUCGCAAAGGCUGCUGUACCCUCAAUGUCCAUCACAAGAACCUCUUCGCCCAUAGUUAUUUCCAAGAUAACCACCCCAAUCAUUACUACCAAACCAACAACGCCGAUGGUUACAAGAACACUGACACCUAUCAACCAACAUCUCACUGUGAACACCAGCAUGAGUAUGGGCAUGAUUAGUCCGUCGAAUUUGUCUCCCAGACCGAACGUUUCGAUGUCUGUAGCAUCGAAACCAAUGCCCAAACAGGUGGUGAAACCACCAGUACUGUCUCCAGUACUCGGGUUGCAUAAACCAGCACAGCCUAUCAUCCAACAAGGCAAGCAACAGCCUAUGGUCACUCAGGCCAUGGUCAAUACGCAGUUGGCCCAUAUGAAACAACAGCCUCAACAACAGCCCAUUCUAAAACAACAACAGGUUAUAAUGGGCAAGGCACCGAUCGUGAAAUCCGUUCAUUCGCUACACCAAGGGCAGAUCCUGACUGGAGCAGUACCCUCACCGCAGUCACCUCUAGGGGCAGCAUGCCGUAUAAUCCCACCUCCAAUGGGCGCAGCAAAGGGAAUGAUGGAACCGCCCAAGGUGGACGUUUCAAUGGCCAACAUUAUACUUGGACAAAGGGCCAAGCUGUCACCUCAGGCGCCGCAACAAAGAUUGGCUGGCAUGCCCUUGCCAGGAUACGAGCCCAGCUUGCAUGGAGAAAGGAGCUUGCUUAACCGCAGUAGAAGUCCGCCACCAGCUCACCAAAAUUCACCAUCACCAAAGGGGGAACCAGUGGCCCACUUUUCUCCAGGACCUCUUCGACCACCACCAGAUCUGACUCCAGCUCACUACAUACAUCCAACACACGUAAUGCAGUACCAACAGUACCUGAGACAACAACUCCAGCUCACGAGAACGGGUAUAGAAAAAUUAGGCGACGGCCAAGAAGGAGAAGAAGCUCCAGUAACAUCACCACCUUUGGAACUGAGAAGACCUGGAUCUGUUGGGUUGGCUCUCACCAGUCGAGCUGCGGCUGUGCCGCACAGCUUGCAUUCUCCUCACGACAGAGCAACAGACUCGCCGCAGAUCGCGCAAGUAUACAAUGCCCCAGCACUACUCCCUGGCGCUGCGGUGGCGGCCCGAGGUGUACCCCCACCCACACCAACGGUGGCCCCCUUCACGCGUUACUACGACGGUGGAGAACCCCCUCCUGCUCAUCGUCCCCUCACCAGUCACGCGGCAGGCUUAGCAGGCCUAGGCCCACCACCACAUCCUCAACUGUCCAUCGAACGCCCGCUGCCUUCUCAUCACCUGGGGGCGGCUGGGAAUCUUCUGGGAGCGGUCGCCAGGCAUGCACCCAGCACUGCUGAUGCACCUGCUACACAGCGAGGGCUCCAAGCCGCCACACCUCCUCACGCCAGCCAAGUGCCACCACAGGCGGAAAGUCUGUUCAUGUUGCUCAAGCACUAUCCAUGCAUGUGGCAAGGACUUCUAGCUCUGAAGAACGACCAAGCGGCUGUGCAGAUGUAUUUCGUGUCUGGCAACGACGAUGUGGCUAAGUGCAGUCUACCUAAGAACAUGGACGGCUCGACGCCACCACUUCGAAUAUUCCAGAGGAUGAGGCUCGAACCACUUCAAGUGGAGGGAGUUGCUAGAAAGAUGCAGAUGGAGAACGAACACUGCAUGUUACUGGCGCUGCCAUGCGGUCACGAUCAUAUGGACGUAUUGAAACAAUCAAGGAACUUAACCAGUGGUUUCAUCACCUAUCUUCAACAGAAGCAGGCUGCUGGUAUUGUAAAUGUUGCAGCACCAGGCACUACUCAACCGCCUGCGUAUGUGAUACACAUCUUCCCAACUUGCGACUUCGUAAACGAAAACCUACGCAGGAUCGCCCCCAGCCUGCUAGAACGAGUCGCAGACAUCGCUCAUCUGUUGAUCGUCAUCACUACCGUGUGAUUAUUAUUACUACAACAUAUAUGGAAUAUGGUUUUGAAAAGGAAACCCUAUGAUUGCGUAAUUCACAAAUAUCGAAUAUGAUUUUGAAAUGUUUAUGUGGAAACCCUGUGAUUGGGUAAUUCCGAAUUGUCUAUCAAUCUCAUCUGUUGAUGUAUCUGGUAUUAACUCUGUUAUUUUCUGGAGUUAAUUUUUUACAGCGAUCGUGUGCGAUUUGGAUUUCAAAGUAAUAUGACUUAACCUGAUAUAUGAAGAUAUUGUGAUCAAAAUUUGAUCUAGACAUUGAAUUGUAUAAUCCAAAAUUGCUACAAAAAACUGGGAUAGUUUUCCGUUUGAAGCUUAGAAAUCUUAUUAGAAGCUGUUAUAUAUCUUCUAAAAUCUUAGAAGAAACCUUUUAAACAUCAAUGGAUGUUGUGUAGAAUCAUAGAAAAAGCUAACUAUACCGGUUUGAGUGGUUUUUUUCAAAGCACUUGGGCUAUACUAAACCUGACGUAUAUGAUAUUGCUAAACAAUUUCUUAUGGAUUUUCCAAUCGAAGAAUGACGAUUAAAAAAUGGUAUAUCAAACGUUGCAGAAUGAAACGUUUAGUUGUACUGCGACAUCCUGAUUAACUUUUGAUGAACCAUUUUAAUAAAUAUUGGGGAUUUCAUUAAUGAAAAUCACUCUUUACAUAUUGACGCAUCGAUUAUGGUAACUAAUUAUUGAAGUUAAUUACGAUUUUUAGAUGUUUUUCUCACAAAAGCACAUUAUCACGUAUACACUAUAUUGUUGUCUCUCUUUUGCGUACUACUACCUACUACACACACAAAAUAGUGACAAGGUUUAAAAUUCAAAUGCAGAGGCAAAUAGGGAUAGAAAACUUAACAUUACCAAUAAAAUGACGUUUUGAUGCUGUAAGGAAAUGUUUUACGAGUUUUGUUUGACAAAUUUGACAUUAUGCACUAGUCAAUUUUCAUGACAUUGCAAUUGAAGCAUUCACCAGUGAAUUGCAUCUUCAGAAGCAGAUCGAAGUUAAUUCUUCUGCUUCUUCCCAAAAACUGAUAAAACUGGGGUCUGUGGUCGGUAUUUAAUUAGUUGAAUAUUUGCUACAGGAAUACUGGGAGUUUUGUUGCUAUUUGCCUGACUAUACUGCUUAUUAUGAAUAUCUACUUUUCGGGCACUUCAUACUAUAAAUGGUCCAUGUAGAUUGACAAAAAAACUAAAUUUCGAGGAGGGAUGUAUUAUAAAAAUAAAAGAACGUUUAAUCGUCCGUAAGCGGACCUUAUACUUAACUAUUUAAAAAAGUAUCACUGUGAUUUCUUGACAAAACGUUAUUAUUAUAAAAAAUAUAUUUAAAAAACCGCUAAAAAUAACCUACUACCUAUUUAAGAGAUCUCAUAUUGAAUUUAGUUAUAUUUAAAAUGGAAAUGUCUUUUUAUUUUCGUAAAAAUGCAUCGUAUAAAUUAUUUCGGGUAUCUUAGGAUGUAUUCUGGUCAUACAGAACUUACUUUCCGGUCGUUCAGAGGAGAGUUUUUAGAAUAAAUAGUAUUUGAGUUCUUCAUUCAAAAUAUGUAGUUUUAGUUUUUGUUUUCCCCUGGGAUACAUGUUUUAGUUUAUUUUCUUUAUUCUAUGAUACUUCAAAUAGUUUUGGGCCUCAUGUUUCCAUUUAUAUGGAGUAACUUCAGCUUUUUCAAAAAUGUUUUAAUCGCUUGCAAUGCCUGAUAUCAAAAUGCAAAUGCACUGUUUCAUUUUUCUAUUACCUAUUAGUGAACUAGUUACAGCUUCACACAAAAAUCUAAAAAUAAUGGAACAUAACAAACGCUAUAGGUGAAACUACAUAUAAAAAUUGCCCCCAAAGAUGUCCAAAUCUGGAUUGAACCAAGUUAAGUUAGAUUGCGUCAAAUUUCUUAAGAUAAAUUUUACCCCUAACCACAAAAACGUCUUUUUUCGAAAAUAAUGCUAUCCGGGCACAAUUUUGUACAAAAAAUUUUGAAAAAAGUACCGACACUAUAUCUACAUAAGUUUUUUUUGUCCGGAACCCCUUAUUGACCGAUUUUUCCCAAUUUUUGAUAUUGCAAACAUAGGAUAUCAAAAGCUGGCUAACUUAAAAACUCAAAUGUCCAUUUUUUCAGAUACCACAGUCAACAUUUUUAUUUGUUUCCCGGAAAAUGGCGAAAAUAGGAAAACCGUUUUUUUCAUGAUUUUCUUCAGUUUUUGACGUUUUUAGUGAGGAAAUGAGUACCUGGCUAGCACGGUAACUCACUGUAUAUGUGUAGGUUUUGUGACUUAGCCAAGCAUUCCUUAACUGACCCCAAAUGUCAAAAAUUAAAGAAAACGAAAACACGGUUUUUCCUUUUUUCACAAUUUUCACAACGGAACCUGGUAGAAUGCAAAAAAUAUAUGUAUACUUUAGGUUCUUGAGUCGCGAAGUUAUAAUAUCUUACUCUCAAAAUUCUUGAAAAUCGAGAAAACCGGCGUUUUUCCGCAUUCUAGAGAUUUCCUGGACAAGAAAUCAUGAUAGUGACCACGAACGUAAAAAAACACAUUACUAUAGUGAGUUGUGUUAGCCGAGUAUUUUUUAACCUAAAACGUGAAAAUCUGCGAAAAUGCGGUUUUUUCCAAUUUUUGCAAUUUUCCCGGAAACAAAUCAAGUUUUAGAUUGUGGAACCUAAAAUAAUGAAUAAAAAUACAUAUAUAGGUAAAGUUGUUAAGUCAGCUAGCUGUCUGUUUCAAAUUCCAAAAAUCCUAUAAAAAUGCGGUUUUCCGAUUUUUAACCUAUUCGAAAAAUAAUUUUUUCUCGAAUCUCCCAGUUCCCCAAAUCUAUCAAAAAUCACAAUUAUCUAGGAUAUAACAUGUAGCAUCGGUAAUUUUUCCGAAAUCUGUUGAGUAAAGUUGCAUCAGUCAAAAAUUAUUUUAGAAAAAACACGUUUUUAAGGUUAGGGGACCUAGGGGCGACCAAUCGGUCUUAAAAUUUGGCUAAAGCGAUUGGACCCAAUAUUUCCUAAUGGAGAUCAAUCUAUAUUUGGAUACACCUUUGGAGGCAAUACUCAUAUGUAAUUUCGCCUGCACUACAACCUGUUUCUAAUAGAUGUUUGUUGAAGCGGCGGAAAGUAAUUUCUGAACAUCCGCUAUUCACACGGUGUCCUUGCAAUAUUUGCAAAGAAGCUGUGUGAAUCCUUUUUUGUUUUUUAAUCAUCUUUCGGUAAUAGAUUUCGAUAAGACGCUUUUAAUGUUGAGCGUGUCCUGUUUUAUUUUUUUUUUUUUGUAUAUCUGUUGUUGUUUUAUUUAUUUAUUGCUACAAAAGAAUUUGUACAUAUUUAUUUUCGGUAAAUAUGUUUGAAUUUUUGAUUGAUGACUUAUGUUUUUACAUUCCCUACACUUUUUUCUUUUUUUUACGUCGGUGAAAUAUCCGCAUUUUUAUGUUUGUGGAGAGUGCCCAAUACGAUUUUUUUCCUAUAUUUUGAUCUGUAAACCUAUAUUAUUUUGAGAUAAGACUCUUUUUUUGGAAAUAUUCUUUUGGGGUUUGGGGAAUAAGGAAGUUUAGGUUGCGGUGUUUUCUUCCAGACUGAUGAUUUAUUAUGUUGAUAAUUUGAGUCGAGCAUAGUGUCUCUUUCAAUACAGUAGGGAAUGUAGAAACAUUCGAAGACAAUAGACUCCAACGCUCAGCAUUGAAAGUAUCUUUCUGGCUUUAAAGUUGUACAUAUUUAAAUUUAACGUUACCCAUUUGUAGUUUCAAAUAUCGCUAUUAUAAAUAUGAAGGCAUAUAGACAUAUAAAUAUUGUAGUAUAUAUUAUAUAAAAGAAAUCAAUCAUUUUUUAAAUUACAAUGUAAUAUAUAUGUGAAUAUAAAGUUUUAGUUUGGAUAAUUUAACCUCCUUUCUUUGAGUUUGUUAAGAUGUUCUGUACAGUGUAUUCUAGCUGUAAGUAAUACAUUAGGCUGCGUUUCAAAUGAUUAAGUGUAAGGAACAUUGUGAUGUCUAUAUAUAUGUAAAUUUUGUACAUACAUAAAAAUACUAUGUAUUGUGAGUAUACAUUAUUAUAACUAUUACGAUAA